AUGGGUGGCGUGCAUGCUCUAUUAGAGAAUAUUCAAGCUAGUGAGCGCACUGGCGAACUCCUGAAUAAAAUUGGUCGUCAACUACUUUCCGUCAAAAAGCGAUUGGAGAGUAUUACAUCAGAGGUAGAGGGUAUAUAUUCUUGCGAUAUCAAACUCAGUUGCAAAGUCCACAUUCAUCUUCGGGCGGCAAUUUCGAACACCCAGGAUACAUGUGAAAGGUUUUGGGGUACAUUCAAGGAGUGGAAAGAUCACUCGUCCUCGCUCUAUUUGCACGAAUCGGAUUCUGGUAGCUCUGAUAUCUUCGAAGAAACGGAAUUGCGGCUAUUCAGCGAAAGCCUGCAGAUGUUGGAAUAUACAUUACUCAUGGCAGAGGAAAACUCGGUGUUAUUGGAUGAAUUAUUUUCAGCAGCGAUCGACAUGAAUCGGAAGCAACACGUGCUACAGGACCGACGAUUGGCACUCAAACGCAUCGCCCGUGAAUCCGAAGCAUACGAGAUUGGGACGCAAUACCAUCGAAAUGUCAUUGGUGAGCUCUUGUCUGAGAUCAGUCGCUUGCGCAAUGGACAACCAGUCUAUACCGAGGAAGAGGACCAGCUUCCUAUUGAUGCUAUCAAUGCAAUGACCGGUGAUUACCAAUGCCUGCAACGCGAUGAAGCCCUUCAUGGGGGGGCGAAUCCCCGAUACCCAUCCUUUGGCGAACAUGAGACACCCUUACCCUCUCUCCGAGUUUCCUUCCGCCUUACAUGUAUAUCAACCAGACAGCUGGUCAUAUCCAUGGCAAGACAAACUCCAGCGACAUUUCGGAAGUUAUGGGUGUGA